GUCAACCCAACUGUCCGUCUGUCCGUCCGUGAGCCUUUGCUAUAAGGCAACACCCUGGUAUCUUUCACCGAGGGGGCUUCUGUUUCCACAUCUGUAACCUUCUGGUUCUAAGACUGCCAGUACACCGGAGUUCUGGGGCUGCAGGGCCCGGGCUGGUGGCUCCCCUGGCUGAACACGCUCUCUGCAAGGCCAGGGUGACAGAGGUGAAGCCAUGUGGCAGCUGCUGAUCCCCGUGGCCCUGUGGCUGGGCAUGGUGGGCCUGGGCAGAGCGGAGCUCACGGCGGCCCAGCAGCGGGGCCUGCAGGUGGCCCUGGAAGAAUUCCACAAGCACCCGCCUGUUCAGUGGGCCUUCAAGGAGAUUGGCGUGGACAGCGCCACAGACACGCUCUUCCCUGCAGGGACCUUUGUGAGGCUGGAAUUUAAGCUCCAGCAGACGAGCUGCCGGAAGAAAGACUGGAAAAAAGCUGAGUGCAAAGUCAAGCCCAAUGGGAGGAAGCGGAAAUGCCUGGCCUGCAUCAAGCUGAACUCUGCAGACAAAGUCCUAGGCCGGAUGGUCCACUGCCCCAUACUCACGCAGGUCCACCGGGAGCCUGAGGAACAGCACGAGGGGCAGUGCAGCAGGGUGGAGCGUGCAGGAGAGGACCCCCACAGCUACUACUUCCCGGGACAAUUUGCCUUCUUCAAGGCCCUGCCCCCCAGCUGAGGCCUGCUGAAUUUUGUCCCGCUUCCCGGACAGCAGGAGGUAACCAGUGAAAGACCCACCUCCCAUCCCCGCGCCCAGGGAGGACGAUCCCAUUAUCCCCGAGCUAAUAAAACCGCUCUCCCAGA